AUGCGGGGGCUGACCUAGCGUGGGGCCCAACCCAGGGUUUCAAAGGGGUCGUCAGUCCCCGCCAGGACCACUGUUCCUGCACGUCCCUGUGUCGUAGGAUCCUAGGCUACCGCUGUGCCUGCGUCACAGUGCCAUGUGAUGUCACUCCUCACCUUGUGACGUAACCCGUCGAGGAGCGUGGGGCAAUGCGGCCUCGCGAGGCCUGCUUGGUUCCGUUACCCCCGUAAGAUGGCCUCAACCCUUGGGGGAAACCCCUCUCCGCCCCGGGCUGAGUCCGCCCGCUACGAGGAGACGGCGACGGUCCGCGUGGAGACCUCGUCCCACUGCGUUGAGACGACCUCCCGUCAGGUGCGGAGGUCUUCCCGGCAGGUGGAGACUACCCAGCGCCGCAGCGAGGGGCGCUCCGUCUCCCCCUCGGGGAAACGGCUCCCUCGCGUCUUCGAGGUGUCCUACCAGCACGUGGAAACCGCCUCGCAGCGCACGGAGACGGCCUCCCGCCGCCUCAGGGCCUCGUCUCUGCGGGUGGAGACGUCUCUGCACCGCGUGGAGAGCCCGCCGCGGCGGGAGCAGCCGGCCGCUCGCCAAAAUGUCCAAAAGGCCCGAUGAAAUGCUUCCUUCCUUGGGGCCACGAGAGGGCCAUGGCCCUUGGCCAGGGCAGAAUUGCCUCCAGUUCGCAGCCAGCCUGCUGCCAGGUGGACCGAUUAUCUUUGGUUUCCUGGAAACGGACCACAAAUCAAUUUAAGAGCCAAGCUGCGGUUUCGGGACUCAGCCAACAUUCAUUGACCCUGCUGCACCUUGGACCAUCCUUUCCUGCCUUUGACCCAGUGAACUACUUUAACUUGAAGCCAGCACAAAAAUUUUCGGGCCCUAGAUAUUGUAUAUAUUGAGAUGAUGGACAAAGAGACUGUUUGAACCUCUGAGGCAGACUGACCUUCCCACUGACUGAAAAACUAGACCUCGGAUAAGUGAAUUCACCCCUCUGGGCCUCACUGCCCCCACUGAAAAUGAGAUGUUUGGACUAAUCUUUAGAUCUGUGAUUCCCAAAGUGAGGAAUGCAAACGUUGCUGGUGUGCAAGAGGAUUUUAGGAGGGUGAGAAAUUUGGAUUGGAGAGCAGCAACUCCAUGCUUCCUGUGUGCUCAUCAAGAAUCAAGCUCUGGGGACUUCCCUGGUGGCGCAGCGGUUAAGAAUCCACCUGUCAAUGCAGCAGACACAGGUUCGAGCCCUGGUUCGGGAAGAUCCCACAUGCCUUGGAGCAACUAAGCCUGUGAGCCACAACUACUGAAGCCCACAUGCCUAGAGCCCAUGCUCUGCAACAAGAGAAGCCACCGCAAUGAGAAGCCCACGCACUGCAACUAGAGAAAGCCUGCACAGCAACGAAGACCCAACGCAUCCAAAAAUUAAUUAAUUAAUUAAUUAAUUUAAAAAAACAAUCAAGCUCCAGGCACCCCAGCCCUGUUCUGUGAGCCUCCUUCUGGCUUAUCCUCACCUCCUCCAUCAGCUCCUUUGUCCCAGAGUCCCACUAGAGCCUUAGGGAGCACCCCACUCUCUGGCAAGGUUCCUGCUUCUCACAGAAGGCCAACAGGGUGAGGGACCCUCAAUACCUUGGCAGCUCCCCCCAGCCUCCAGCCAGAUUCUAGGAAGAGACCAGGGCAAGCCUGAGGCGGGGGCUGGGGCUGAGGCCCACCGUCCUGGGAAACUUGUGAGCCUCCCUCACAGCUCAGCACUCAGGCAGGCAUCCAACUACCCACAGCUGCGGUUUCCAGAGAGCCGGGCCUCCCACCGCAGGGACAGUAAGCUGAGAAGCACUGGAGCUAUAAAUGUGAAGUGGUGAACCAUGGGACACUGCCGCAGCCCCACAGCGGGCAGGAGCCUGCCCCCACCCCCCCAGCCUCCCUGCCUCCCAGCAAGCUUCAGGCCCCGCCAGGCCUCUGAGACAGCCCAGGCCUGUCCACCAGCUCCGCUUUGGGCUCUGAGCAGGGCUACUGCCCCACUCCCACCCUCAGGAGGUCCCAGGCACAGUGUAAGGCCCAGCUGGGGGCAGGGCAGGCAGGACACCAUACAGCACUUUGUACACCAGCGGUCAGGACCUCUGGUCUCACC